AUGGGCGCCCCGAGCGUGUGCCGGACGCUGGUGUUGGCUCUGGCGGCCAUGCUCGUGGUGCCGCAGGCAGAGACCCAGGGCCCUGUGGAGCCGAGCUGGGGGAACGCAGGGCACACCACGGAUGGCGGUGCCCUGACGUCCUCGCCCACCCGGCGCGUGAGCUUUGUUCCACCCGUCACUGUCUUCCCCAGCCUGAGCCGUAAGCAGAUGCUGCCCCUGCCAGCCGGGAAGGGGGUGUUUGCCAGUCCCAAAGGUGGGGGCCCAGAUCUAGGGGUGCAGCUGCCACCAGGUGGGGCCGUUGGGCCAGACCCAGAGUCCUCCGUGUGGGCGGUCUCCUGGUCACUGGCCACCCUGGGGGAUGGGGACCGGGUGCCUCGGCCCAGGGGAGGCUACCCCGUGGGGGGCUGGCAUGGGGAUGGGCCUCAUCCCACGCUCCCCACAGCCCUGAACCCGGCGCACAACGGGCGGGUGUGCAGCACCUGGGGCGACUUCCACUACAAGACCUUCGACGGCGACGUCUUCCGCUUCCCUGGCCUUUGCAACUACGUGUUCUCUGAGCACUGCGGCGCCGCCUACGAGGACUUCAACGUCCAGCUACGCCGAGGCCUAGUGGGCUCCAGGCCUGUGGUCACCCGUGUUGUCAUCAAGGCCCAGGGGCUGGUGCUGGAGGCGUCCAACGGCUCUGUCCUCGUCAACGGGCAGCGGGAGGAGCUGCCUUACAGCCGCACUGGCCUCCUGGUGGAGCAGAGCGGGGACUACAUCAAGGUCAGCAUCCGGCUGGUGCUGACAUUCCUGUGGAACGGAGAGGACAGUGCCCUGCUGGAGCUGGACCCCAAAUAUGCCAACCAGACCUGUGGCCUGUGUGGGGACUUCAACGGCCUCCCGGCCUUCAACGAGUUCUAUGCCCACAACGCUAGGCUGACCCCGCUCCAGUUUGGGAACCUGCAGAAGUUGGAUGGGCCCACGGAGCAGUGCCCGGACCCGCUGCCCUUGCCGGCUGGCAACUGCACGGACGAGGAGGGCAUCUGCCACCGCACCCUGCUGGGGCCGGCCUUUGCGGAGUGCCACGCACUGGUGGACAGCACCGCGUACCUGGCCGCCUGCGCCCAGGACCUGUGCCGCUGCCCCACCUGCCCGUGUGCCACCUUUGUGGAAUACUCACGCCAGUGCGCCCAUGCGGGGGGCCAGCCGCGGAACUGGAGGCGCCCUGAGCUCUGCCCCCGGACCUGCCCCCUCAACAUGCAGCACCAGGAGUGUGGCUCACCCUGCACAGACACCUGCUCCAACCCCCAGCGCGCGCAGCUCUGCGAGGACCACUGUGUGGACGGCUGCUUCUGCCCCCCAGGCACGGUGCUGGAUGACAUCACGCACUCUGGCUGCCUGCCCCUCGGGCAGUGCCCCUGCACCCACGGCGGCCGCACCUACAGCCCGGGCACCUCCUUCAACAACACCUGCAGCUCCUGCACCUGCUCCGGGGGGCUAUGGCAGUGCCAGGACCUGCCGUGCCCUGGCACCUGCUCUGUGCAGGGCGGGGCCCACAUCUCCACCUAUGAUGAGAAACUCUACGACCUGCAUGGUGACUGCAGCUACGUUCUGUCCAAGAAAUGUGCUGACAGCAGCUUCACCGUGCUGGCUGAGCUGCGGAAGUGUGGCCUGACGGAAAACGAGAACUGCCUGAAAGCGGUGACGCUCAGCCUGGACGGCGGGGACACGGCCAUCCGGGUCCAAGCGGACGGCGGCGUGUUCCUCAACUCCAUCUACACGCAGCUGCCCCUGUCGGCAGCCAACAUCACCCUGUUCACACCCUCGAGCUUCUUCAUCGUGGUGCAGACAGGCCUCGGGCUGCAGCUGCUGGUGCAGCUGGUGCCACUCAUGCAGGUGUUUGUCAGGCUGGACCCCGCCCACCAGGGCCAGAUGUGCGGCCUGUGUGGGAACUUUAACCAGAACCAGGCUGACGACUUCACGGCCCUCAGCGGGGUGGUGGAGGCCACGGGCGCAGCCUUCGCCAACACCUGGAAGGCCCAGGCCGCCUGUGCCAAUGCCAGGAACAGCUUUGAGGACCCCUGCUCCCUCAGUGUGGAGAAUGAGAACUACGCCCGACACUGGUGCUCGCGCCUGACCGACCCCAACAGUGCCUUCUCGCGCUGCCACUCCGUCAUCAACCCCAAGCCCUUCCACUCGAACUGCAUGUUUGACACCUGCAACUGUGAGCGGAGCGAGGACUGCCUGUGUGCUGCGCUGUCCUCCUACGUGCACGCCUGUGCCACCAAGGGUGUGCAGCUCAGCGACUGGAGGGACGGCGUCUGCACCAAGUACAUGCAGAACUGCCCCAAGUCCCAGCGCUACGCCUACGUGGUGGAUGCCUGCCAGCCCACUUGCCGCGGCCUGAGUGAGGCCGACGUCACCUGCAGCGUUUCCUUCGUGCCUGUGGACGGCUGCACCUGCCCCGCGGGCACCUUCCUCAAUGACGCGGGCGCCUGUGUGCCCGCCCAGGAGUGCCCCUGCUAUGCUCACGGCACCGUGCUGGCUCCUGGAGAGGUGGUGCACGACGAAGACGCCGUGUGUUCAUGUGCGGGUGGGAAGCUAAGCUGCCUGGGAGCCUCUCUGCAGAAAAGCACAGGGUGUGCAGCCCCCAUGGUGUACCUGGACUGCAGCAACAGCUCGGCGGGCACCCCUGGGGCCGAGUGCCUCCGGAGCUGCCACACGCUGGACGUGGGCUGUUUCAGCACACACUGCGUGUCCGGCUGUGUCUGUCCCCCGGGGCUGGUGUCGGAUGGGAGUGGGGGCUGCAUUGCCGAGGAGGACUGCCCCUGUGUGCACAACGAGGCCACCUACAAGCCUGGAGAGACCAUCAGGGUCGACUGCAACACCUGCACCUGCAGGAACCGGAGGUGGGAGUGCAGCCACCGGCUCUGCCUGGGCACCUGCGUGGCCUACGGGGAUGGCCACUUCAUCACCUUUGACGGCGAUCGCUACAGCUUUGAAGGCAGCUGCGAGUACAUCUUGGCCCAGGACUACUGUGGGGACAACACCACCCACGGGACCUUCCGCAUCGUCACCGAGAAUAUCCCCUGUGGGACCACCGGCACCACCUGCUCCAAGGCCAUCAAGCUCUUCGUGGAGAGCUACGAGCUGAUCCUCCAAGAGGGGACCUUUAAGGCAGUGGCGAGAGGGCCGGGUGGGGACCCACCCUACAAGAUCCGCUACAUGGGGAUCUUCCUGGUCAUUGAGACCCACGGGAUGGCCGUGUCCUGGGACCGGAAGACCAGCGUGUUCAUCCGACUGCACCAGGACUACAAGGGCAGGGUCUGCGGCCUGUGCGGGAACUUCGACGACAAUGCCAUCAAUGACUUUGCCACACGUAGCCGGUCCGUGGUGGGGGACGCACUGGAGUUUGGGAACAGCUGGAAGCUCUCCCCCUCCUGCCCGGACGCCCUGGCGCCCAAGGACCCCUGCACGGCCAACCCCUUCCGCAAGUCCUGGGCCCAGAAGCAGUGCAGCAUCCUCCACGGCCCCACCUUCGCCGCCUGCCGCUCCCAGGUUGACUCCACCAAGUACUACGAGGCCUGCGUGAACGACGCGUGUGCCUGCGACUCGGGUGGCGACUGCGAGUGUUUCUGCACGGCUGUGGCUGCCUACGCCCAGGCCUGCCACGACGCGGGCCUGUGUGUGUCCUGGCGGACUCCGGACACCUGCCCCUUGUUCUGUGACUUCUACAACCCACAUGGGGGCUGUGAGUGGCACUACCAGCCCUGCGGGGCACCCUGCCUAAAAACCUGCCGGAACCCCAGUGGGCACUGCCUGGUGGACCUGCCUGGCCUGGAAGGCUGCUACCCGAAGUGCCCACCCAGCCAGCCCUUCUUCAAUGAGGACCAGAUGAAGUGCGUGGCCCAGUGUGGCUGCUACGACAAGGAUGGAAACUACUAUGAUGUCAGUGCAAGGGUCCCCACAGCGGAGAACUGCCAGAGCUGUAACUGCACACCCAGUGGCAUCCAGUGCGCUCACAGCCUUGAGGCCUGCACCUGCACCUAUGAGGACAGGACCUACAGCUAUCAGGACGUCAUCUACAACACCACCGAUGGGCUUGGCGCCUGCUUGAUCGCCAUCUGCGGAAGCAAUGGCACCAUCAUCAGGAAGGCUGUGGCAUGUCCUGGAACUCCGGCCACAACGCCAUUCACCUUCACCACCGCCUGGGUCCCCCACUCCACGACAAGCCCGGCCCUCCCGGUCUCCACCGUGUGUGUCCGCGAGGUCUGCCACUGGUCCAGCUGGUACAAUGGGCACCGCCCAGAGCCCAGCCUGGGAGGCGGAGACUUUGAGACGUUUGAAAACCUGAGGCAGAGAGGGUACCAGGUAUGCCCUGUGCCGGCUGACAUCGAGUGCCGGGCGGGGCAGCUUCCCGACAUGCCGCUGGAGGAGCUGGGCCAGCAGGUGGACUGUGACCGCAUGCGGGGGCUGAUGUGCGCUAACAGCCAGCAGAGCCCCCCGCUCUGUCACGACUACGAGCUGCGGGUUCUCUGCUGCGAAUACGUGCCCUGUGGCCCCUCCCCGGCCCCAGGCACCAGCCCCCAGCCCUCCCUCAGUGCCAGCACGGAGCCUGCUGUGCCUACCCCCACCCAGACCACAGCAACCGAAAAGACCACCCUAUGGGUGACCCCGAGCGUCCGGUCGACGGCGGCCCUCACCUCGCAGACUGGGUCCAGCUCAGGCCCCAUGACGGUCACACCCUCGGCCCCAGGUACCACCACCUGCCAGCCCCGGUGUCAGUGGACAGAGUGGUUUGAUGAGGACUACCCCAAGUCUGAACAACUUGGAGGGGACGUUGAGUCCUACGAUAAGAUCAGGGCCACUGGGGGGCACUUAUGCCAGCAGCCUAAGGACAUAGAGUGCCAGGCCGAGAGCUUCCCCAACUGGACCCUGGCACAGGUGGGGCAGAAGGUGCACUGUGACGUCCGCUUCGGCCUGGUGUGCAGGAACUGGGAGCAGGAGGGCGUCUUCAAGAUGUGCUACAACUACAGGAUCCGGGUCCUCUGCUGCAGGGACGACCACUGCAGGGGACGUGCCACGACCCCGCCACCGACCACAGAGCUGGAGACGGCCACCACCACCACCACCCAGGCCCUGUUCUCAACACUGCAGCCUACGAGUAGCCCGGGGGUGACCAGGGCUCCCCCGGCCAGCACCACAGCAGUCCCCACCCUCUCAGAAGGACUGACAUCCCCCAGAUACACAAGCACCCUUGGUACAGCCACCACGGGAGGCCCCACGACGCCUGCAGGCCCCACAGAACCCACGGUCCCAGAGGUGGCCACAUCCAGCCUUCCAACACGCUCAGCCCUUCCAGGGACCACGGGGAGCUUGGGCACAUGGCGCCCCUCACAGCCACCCACGCUGGCCCCAACAACAAUGGCAACCUCCAGAGCUCACCCGACAGGCACAGCCGGCACCGCUUCCAAAGGGCCGGGGACCACGAGCCUGGCGCCAACACUAACGAGCAAGCUGUCCACCUCUCAGGCCAAGACCAGCACGCCCAGGACAGAGACGACAAUGAGCCCCUUGACUAACGCCACCACGAGCCAGGGCACGACCCGCUGUCAACCGAAGUGUGAGUGGACAGAGUGGUUUGACGUGGACUUCCCAACCUCAGGGGUUGCAGGCGGGGACAUGGAAACUUUUGAAAACAUCAGGGCUGCUGGGGGCAAGAUGUGCUGGGCACCAAAGAGCAUAGAGUGUCGGGCAGAGAACUACCCCGAGGUAAGCAUCGACCAGGUCGGGCAGGUGCUGACCUGCAGCCUGGAGACGGGGCUGACCUGCAAGAACGAGGACCAGACAGGCAGGUUCAACAUGUGUUUCAACUACAACGUGCGUGUGCUUUGCUGUGACGACUACAGCCACUGCCCCAGCACCCCGGCCACCAGCUCCACAGCCACACCCUCCUCCACUCCGGGGACAACCUGGAUCCUCACAGAGCCGACCACUACAGCCAUCACGACUGUGGCCAUGGGCUCCACAGCCACUCCGACCUCCACCCUGAGAACAGCUCCCCCUCCCAAAGUGCUGACCACCACAGCCACGACACCCACAGUCACCAGCUCCAAAGCGACUCCCUCCUCCAGUCCAGGGACUGCAACCACCCUUCCAGCACCGAUAAGCACAGCCACCACACCCACAGCUACCAGCUUUACAGCCAUCCCCUCUUCCUCCCUGGGCACCACCUGGACCCGCCUAUCACAGGCCACCACACCCACGGCCACCAUGUCCACAGCCACACCCUCCUCCACGCCAGAGACUGCCCACACCUCCACAGUGCUUACCGCCACGGCCACCACAACCGGGGCCACUGGCUCUGUGGCCACCCCCUCCUCCACCCCAGGAACAGCUCACACUACCAAAGUGCUGACUACCACAACCACGGGCUUCACAGCCACCCCCUCCUCCAGCCCAGGGACGGCACGCACGCUUCCAGUGUGGAUCAGCACAACCACCACACCCACAAACAGAGGCUCCACAGUGACUCCCUCCUCCACCCCAGGGACCACCCACACCCCCACAGUGCUGACCACCACCACCACAACUGUGGCCACUGGUUCUAUGGCAACACCCUCCUCUAGCACACAGACCCCUGGUACUCCCCCACCACUGACCACCACGGCCACUAUGAUCACGGCCACCGGCUCCACCACCAACCCCUCCUCAACUCCAGGGACAACUCCCAUCCCCCCAGUGUCGACCACCAUGGCCACCACACAGGGGCGGUCCCUGCCCCCCAGCAGUCCCCAGACGCUGCCCACAGCCUGGACUUUGGCCACCUCGGGCACCUUGGGCACCACCCACAUCACAGAGCCUUCCAUGGUGACUUCCCACACCCCAGCAGCAACAACUGGUACCACCCAGCACUCGACUCCAGCCCUGUCCAGCCCUCACCCUAGCAGCAGGACCAUCAAGUCACCCCCUUCUCCAGGGACGACCACCCCGGGCCACACCACGGCCACCUCCAGGACCACGGCCACGGCCACACCCAGCAAGACCCGCACCUCGACCCUGCUGCCCAGCAGCCCCACAUCAGCCCCCAUAACCACGGUGGUGACCACGGGCUGUGAGCCCCAGUGUGCCUGGUCAGAGUGGCUGGACUACAGCUACCCCAUGCCGGGGCCCUCUGGCGGGGACUUUGACACCUACUCCAAUAUCCGCGCAGCCGGAGGGGCCAUCUGUGAGCAGCCCCUGGGCCUCGAGUGCCGCGCCCAGGCCCAGCCUGGUGUCCCCCUGCGGGAGUUGGGCCAGGUCGUGGAAUGCAGCCUGGACUUUGGCCUGGUCUGCAGGAACCGUGAGCAGGUGGGGAAGUUCAAGAUGUGCUUCAACUAUGAAAUCCGUGUGUUCUGCUGCAGCUACAGCCACUGCCCCAGCACGCCGGCCACCAGCUCUAUGGCCACGCCCUCCUCCACUCCGGGGACGACCUGGAUCCUCACAGAGCCAACCACUACAGCCAUCACUACUGUGGCCAUGGGCUCCACGGCCACCCCGACCUCCACCCCGGGAACAGCUCCCCGUCCCAAAGUGCUGACCAGCACGGCCACCACACCCACAGCCACCAGUUCCAAAGCCACUUCCUCCUCCAGUCCAAGGACUGCAAUCCCCCUUCCAGUGCUGACAAGCACAGCCACAAAAUCCACAGCUACCAGCUUUACACCCGUUCCCUCCUCCACCCUUGGGACCACCGGGACCCUCCCAGAACAGACCACCACACCCGUGGCCACCAUGUCCACAAUCCAUCCCUCCUCCACUCCAGAGACCACCCACACCUCCACAGUGCUGACCACCACGGCCACCAUGACAAGGGCCACCAAUCCCACGGCCACACCCUCCUCCACUCCGGGGACGACCUGGAACCUCACUGAGCUGACCACAGCAGCCACUACAACUGCAGCCACUGGCCCCACGGCCACCCCGUCCUCCACCCCAAGGACCACCUGGAUCCUCACAGAGCUGACCACUACAGCCACCGUGACCGUGCCCACCGGCUCCACGGCCACCGCCUCCUCCACCCGGGCAACUGCUGGCACCCCAAAAGUGACCACCACGGUCACUGGCUCCAAAGCCACUCCCUCCUCCAGUCCAGGGACUGCAACCACCCUUCCAGCACCGAUAAGCACAGCCUCCACACCCACAGCUACCAGCUUUACAGCCAUCCCCUCUUCCUCCCUGGGCACCACCUGGACCCGCCUAUCACAGACCACCACACCCAUGGCCACCAUGUCCACAGCCACACCCUCCUCCACGCCAGAGACUGCCCACACCUCCACAGUGCUUACCGCCACGGCCACCACAACUGGGGCCACCGGCUCUGUGGCCACCCCCUCCUCCACCCCAGGAACAGCUCACACUACCAAAGUGCUGACUACCACAACCACAGCCUUCACAGCCACCCCCUCCUCCAGCCCAGGGACGGCACGCACGCUUCCAGUGUGGAUCAGCACAACCACCACACCCACAACCAGUGGCUCCACGGUGACCCCCUCCUCCAUCCCGGGGACCACCCCCACCCCCACAGUGCUGACCACCACCACCAUAACUGUGGCCACUGGUUCUAUGGCAACACCCUCCUCUAGCACACAGACCAGUGGUACUCCCCCAUCACUGACCACCACGGCCACUACGAUCACAGCCACCGGCUCCACCAUCACCCCGUCCUCCACUCCAGGGACAACUCCCAUCCCCCCAGUGUCGACCACCAUGGCCACCACACAGGGGCGAUCCCUGCCCCCCAGCAGUCCCCACAUGGUGCCCACAGCCUGGACUUCGGCCACCUCGGGCACCUUGGGCACCAUCCACAUCACAGAGCCUUCCACGGUGACUUCCCACACCCCAGCAGCAACAACUGGUACCACCCAGCACUCGACUCCAGCCCUGUCCAGCCCUCACCCUAGCAGCAGGACCACCAAGUCACCCCCUUCUCCAGGGACGACCACCCCGGGCCACACCACGGCCACCUCCAGGACCACGGCCACGGCCACACCCAGCAAGACCCGCACCUCGACCCUGCUGCCCAGCAGCCCCACAUCGGCCUCCAUAACCACGGUGGUGACCACGGGCUGUGAGCCCCAGUGUGUCUGGUCAGAGUGGCUGGACUACAGCUACCCCAUGCCGGGGCCCUCUGGCGGGGACUUUGACACCUACUCCAAUAUCCGCGCGGCAGGUGGGGCCAUCUGUGAGCAGCCCCUGGGCCUCGAGUGCCGCGCCCAGGCCCAGCCUGGUGUCCCCCUGCAGGAGUUGGGCCAGGUCGUGGAAUGCAGCCUGGACUUUGGCCUGGUCUGCAGGAACCGUGAGCAGGUGGGGAAGUUCAAGAUGUGCUUCAACUAUGAAAUCCGUGUGUUCUGCUGCAACUACGUCCGCUGCCCCAGCACACCAGCCACCAGCUCCAUGACCACCCCCUCCUCCACUCCGGGGACAACCUGGAUCCUCACAGAGCUGACCACAGCAGCCACUACGACUGCAUCCACUGGAUCCACGGCCACCCCAUCCUCCACCCCAGGGACCACCUGGAUCCUCACAGAGCCGACCACUACAGCCACCGUGAUGGUGCCCACCGGCUCCAUGGCCACCGCCUCCUCCACCCCGGGAACUGCUGGCACCCCAAAAGUGACCACCACGGCCACGACACCCACAGUCACCAGCUCCAAAGCGACUCCCUCCUCCAGUCCAGGGACUGCAACCACCCUUCCAGCACUGAUAAGCACAGCCACCACACCCACAGCCACCAGCUUUACAGCCAUCCCCUCUUCCUCCCUGGGCACCACCUGGACCCGCCUAUCACAGACCACCACACCCACAGCCACCAUGUCCACAGCCACACCCUCCUCCACGCCAGAGACUGCCCACACCUCCACAGUGCUUACCGCCACGGCCACCACAACCGGGGCCACCGGCUCUGUGGCCACCCCCUCCUCCACCCCAGGAACAGCUCACACUACCAAAGUGCUGACUACCACAACCACGGGCUUCACAGCCACCCCCUCCUCCAGCCCAGGGACGGCACCCACGCUUCCAGUGUGGAUCAGCACAACCACCACACCCACAACCAGUGGCUCCACGGUGACCCCCUCCUCCAUCCCGGGGACCACCCACACCCCCACAGUGCUGACCACCACCACCACAACUGUGGCCACUGGUUCUAUGGCAACACCCUCCUCUAGCACACAGACCCCUGGUACUCCCCCACCACUGACCACCACGGCCACUACGAUCACGGCCACCGGCUCCACCACCACGCCCUCCUCCACUCCAGGGACAACACCCAUCCCCCCAGUGUCAACCACCAUAGCCACCACACAGGGGCAGUCCCUGCCCCCCAGCAGUCCCCAGACGGUGCCCACAGCCUGGACUUCGGCCACCUGGGGCAUCUUGGGCACCACCCACAUCACAGAGCCUUCCACGGUGACUUCCCACACCCCAGCAGCAACAACUGGUACCACCCAGCACUCGACUCCAGCCCUGUCCAGCCCUCACCCUAGCAGCAGGACCACCAAGUCACCCCCUUCUCCAGGGACGACCACCCCGGGCCGCACCACGGCCACCUCCAGGGCCACGGCCACGGCCACACCCAGCAAGACCCGCACCUCAACCCUGCUGCCCAGCAGCCCCACAUCAGCCCCCAUAACCACGGUGGUGACCACGGGCUGUGAGCCCCAGUGUGUCUGGUCAGAGUGGCUGGACUACAGCUACCCCAUGCCGGGGCCCUCUGGCGGGGACUUUGACACCUACUCCAAUAUCCGCGCAGCCGGAGGGGCCAUCUGUGAGCAGCCCUUGGGCCUCGAGUGCCGCGCCCAGGCCCAGCCUGGUGUCCCCCUGCGGGAGUUGGGCCAGGUGGUGGAAUGCAGCCUGGACUUUGGCCUGGUCUGCAGGAACCAUGAGCAGGUGGGGAAGUUCAAGAUGUGCUUCAACUAUGAAAUCCGUGUGUUCUGCUGCAGCUACGGCCACUGCCCCAGCAUACCAGCCACCAGCUCUAUGGCCACGCCCUCCUCCACUCCGGGGACGACCUGGAUCCUCACAGAGCCAACCACUACAGCCAUCACGACUGUGGCCAUGGGCUCCACAGCCACCCCGACCUCCACCCCGGGAACAGCUCCCCCUCCCAAAGUGCUGACCAGCACGGCCACCACACCCACAGCCACCAGUUCCAAAGCCACUUCCUCCUCCAGUCCAAGGACUGCAACCACCCUUCCAGUGCUGGCAAGCACAGCCACAAAAUCCACAGCUACCAGCUUUACACCCAUCCCCUCCUCCACCUUUGGGACCACCGGGACCCUCCCAGAACAGACCACCACACCCGUGGCCACCAUGUCCACAAUCCACCCCUCCUCCACUCCGGAGACCACUCACACCUCCACAGUGCUGACCACCACGGCCACCACGACAAAGGCCACCAGUUCUACGGCCACACCCUCCUCCACUCCACGGACGACCUGGAUCCUCACAGAGCUGACCACAGCAGCCACUACAACUGCAGCCACUGGCCCCACGGCCAUCCCAUCCUCCACCCCAGGGACCACCUGGAUCCUCACAGAGCCGACCACUACAGCCACCGUGACGGUGUCCACCGGCUCCAUGGCCACCGCCUCCUCCACCCGGGCAACUGCUGGCACCCCAAAUGUGAGCACCACGGCCUCGACACCCACAGUCACCAGCUCCAAAGCCACUCCCUCCUCCAGUCCAGGGACUGCAACCACCCUUCCAGCACCGAUAAGCACAGCCACCACACCCACAGCUACCAGCUUUACAGCCAUCCCCUCUUCCUCCCUGGGCACCACCUGGACCCACCUAUCACAGACCACCACACCCACGGCCACCAUGUCCACAGCCACACCCUCCUCCACUCCAGAGACUGCCCACACCUCCACAGUGCUUACCACCACGGCCACCACAACUGGGGCCACCGGCUCUGUGGCCACCCCCUCCUCCACCCCAGGAACAGCUCACACUACCAAAGUGCUGACUACCACAACCACGGGCUUCACAGCCACCCCCUCCUCCAGCCCAGGGACGGCACGCACGCCUCCAGUGUGGAUCAGCACAACCACCACACCCACAACCAGUGGCUCCACGGUGACACCCUCCUCCAUCCCGGGGACCACCCACACCCCCACAGUGCUGACCACCACCACAACUGUGGCCACUGGUUCUAUGGCAACACCCUCCUCUAGCACACAGACCCCUGGUACUCCCCCACCACUGACCACCACGGCCACUACGAUCACGGCCACCGGCUCCACCACCAUGCCCUCCUCCACUCCAGGGACAACACCCAUGCCCCCAGUGCUGACCACCACUGCCACCACACCUGCUGCCACCAGCAGCACAGUGACUCCCUCCUCUGCCCUAGGGACCACCCACACACCCCCAGUGCCGAACACCACGGCCACCACACACGGGCGAUCCCUGUCCCCCAGCAGUCCCCACACGGUGCCCACAGCCUGGACUUUGGCCACCUCGGGCAAUUCGGCCACCUUGGGCACCACCCACAUCACAGAGCCAUCCACGGUGACUUCCCACACCCCAGCAGGAACCACUGGUACCACCCCCUACUGGACUCCAGCCGUGUCCAGCCCUCACCCUAGCAGCAGGACCACCGAGUCACCCCCUUCUCCAGGGAAGACCACCGUGGGCCUCACCACGGCCACCUCCAGGACCACGGCCACACCCAGCAAGACCAGCACCUCGACCCUGCUGCCCAGCAGCCCCACACCGGCCCCCACGACCCCGGUGGUGACCACAGGCUGUGAGCCCCAGUGUGCCUGGUCGGACUGGCUGGACUACAGCUACCCCAUGCCAGGGCCCUCUGGCGGUGACUUUGACACCUACUCCAACAUCCGUGCGGCCGGAAGGGCCGUCUGUGAGCAGCCCCUGGGCCUCGAGUGCCGUGCCCAGGCCCAGCCUGGUGUCCCCCUGCGGGAGUUGGGCCAGGUGGUGGAAUGCAGCCUGGACUUUGGCCUGGUCUGCAGGAACCGUGAGCAGGUGGGGAAGUUCAAGAUGUGCUUCAACUAUGAAAUCCGUGUGUUCUGCUGCAACUAUAGCCGCUGCCCCAGCACCCCGGCCACCAGCUCCAUGACCACCCCCUCCUCCACUCCGGGGACGACCUGGAUCCUCACAGAGCUGACCACAGCAGCCACUACGACUGCAUCCACUGGAUCCACGGCCACCCCAUCCUCCACCCCAGGGACCACCUGGAUCCUCACAGAGCUGACCACUACAGCCACCGUGACGGUGCCCACCGGCUCCAUGGCCACCGCCUCCUCCACCCAGGCAACUGCUGGCACCCCAAAUGUGACCACCAUGGCCACGACACCCACAGUUACCAGCUCCAAAGCCACUCCCUCCUCCAGUCCAGGGACUGCAACCACCCUUCCAGCACUGAUAAGCACAGCCACCACACCCACAGCCACCAGCUUUACAGCCAUCCCCUCUUCCUCCCUGGGCACCACCUGGACCCGCCUAUCACAGACCACCACACCCACAGCCACCAUGUCCACAGCCACACCCUCCUCCACGCCAGAGACUGCCCACACCUCCAAAGUGCUUACCGCCAUGGCCACCACAACCGGGGCCACCGGCUCUGUGGCCACCCCCUCCUCCACCCCAGGAACAGCUCACACUACCAAAGUGCUGACUACCACAACCACGGGCUUCACAGCCACCCCCUCCUCCAGCCCAGGGACGGCACGCACGCCUCCAGUGUGGAUCAGCACAACCACCACACCCACAACCAGAGGCUCCACGGUGACCCCUUCCUCCAUCCCAGGGACCACCCACAGCGCCACAGUGCUGACCACCACCACAACUGUGGCCACUGGUUCUAUGGCAACACCCUCCUCUAGCACACAGACCCCUGGUACUCCCCCACCACUGACCACCACGGCCACUACGAUCACAGCCACCGGCUCCACCAUCACCCCCUCCUCCACUCCAGGGACAACACCCAUCCCCCCAGUGCUGACCAGCACAGCCACCACACCCACAGCCACCAGCUCCAAAGCCACUUCCUCCUCCAGUCCAAGGACUGCAACCACCCUUCCAGUGCUGACAAGCACAGCCACAAAAUCCACUGCUACCAGCUUUACACCCAUCCCCUCCUCCACCCUGUGGACCACCUGGACCGUCCCAGCACAGACCACCACACCCAUGUCCACCAGGUCCACAAUCCACACCUCCUCUACUCCAGAGACCACCCACACCUCCACAGUGCUGACCACCACAGCUACCACGACAAGGGCCACCAAUUCCACGGCCACACCCUCCUCCACCCCGGGGACGACCUGGAUCCUCACAGAGCUGACCACAACAGCCACUACGACUGCAUCCACUGGAUCCAUGGCCACCCCGUCCUCCACCCCAGGGACCACCUGGAUCCUCACAGAGCCGACCACUACAGCCACCGUGACGGUGCCCACCGGCUCCAUGGCCACCGCCUCCUCCACCCGGGCAACUGCUGGCACCCCAAAUGUGACCACCACGGCCACGACACCCACAGUUACCAGCUCCAAAGCCACUCCCUCCUCCAGUCCAGGGACUGCAACCACCCUUCCAGCACUGAUAAGCACAGCCACCACACCCACAGCUACCAGCUUUACAGCCAUCCCCUCUUCCUCCCUGGGCACCACCUGGACUCGCCUAUCACAGACCACCACACCCACGACCACCAUGUCCACAGCCACACCCUCCUCCACGCCAGAGACUGCCCACACCUCCAAAGUGCUUACCGCCAUGGCCACCACAACCGGGGCCACCGGCUCUGCGGCCACCCCCUCCUCCACCCCAGGAACAGCUCACACUACCAAAGUGCUGACUACCACAACCACAGGCUUCACAGCCACCCCCUCCUCCAGCCCAGGGACGGCACGCACGCUUCCAGUGUGGAUCAGCACAACCACCACACCCACAAACAGUGGCUCCACGGUGACCCCCUCUUCCAUCCCGGGGACCACCCACACCCCCACAGUGCUGACCACCACCACCACAACUGUGGCCACUGGUUCUAUGGCAACACCCUCCUCUAGCACACAGACCCCUGGUACUCCCCCACCACUGACCACCACGGCCACUACGAUCACAGCCACCGGCUCCACCAUCACCCCCUCCUCCACUCCAGGGACAACACCCAUCCCCCCAGUGCUGACCAGCACGGCCACCACACCCACAGCCACCAGCUCCAAAGCCACUUCCUCCUCCAGUCCAAGGACUGCAACCACCCUUCCAGUGCUGACAAGCACAGCCACAAAAUCCACUGCUACCAGCUUUACACCCAUCCCCUCCUCCACCCUGUGGACCACCUGGACCAUCCCAGCACAGACCACCACACCCAUGUCCACCAGGUCCACAAUCCACACCUCCUCUACUCCAGAGACCACCCACACCUCCACAGUGCUGACCACCACAGCUACCACGACAAGGGCCACCAAUUCCACGGCCACACCCUCCUCCACCCCGGGGACGACCUGGAUCCUCACAGAGCUGACCACAGCAGCCACUACAACUGCAGCCAGUGGCCCCACGGCCACCCCGUCCUCCACCCCAGGGACCACCUGGAUCCUCACAGAGCCAACCGCUACAGCCACCGUGACCGUGCCCACCGGCUCCACGGCCACCGCCUCCUCCACUCUGGGAACAGCUCACACCCCCAAAGUGCUGACCACCACGGCCACGACACCCACAGUCACUGGCUCCACGGUUCCCAGCUCGUCCACCCUGGGGACCACCCGCACCCCCGCAGUGCUCCCCAGCAGCCUGCCAACCUUCAGCAUGUCCACUGUGUCCUCCUCAGUCCUCACCACCCUGAGACCCACUGGCUUCCCCAGCUCCCACUUCUCUACUCCCUGCUUCUGCAGGGCAUUUGGACAGUUUUUCUCGCCUGGGGAAGUCAUCUACAAUAAGACCGACCGAGCCGGCUGCCAUUUCUACGCAGUGUGCAAUCAGCACUGUGACAUCGACCGCUUCCAGGGCGCCUGUCCCACCUCCCCACCGCCAGUGUCCUCUGCCCCACUGUCCUCGCCCUCCCCUGCCCCUGGCUGUGACAAUGCCAUCCCUCUCCGGCAGGUGAAUGAGACCUGGACCCUGGAGAACUGCACGGUGGCCAGGUGUGUGGGUGACAACCGUGUCAUCCUGCUGGACCCAAAGCCUGUGGCCAACGUCACCUGCGUGAACAAGCACCUGCCCAUCAAAGUGUUGGACCCGAGCCAGCCCUGUGACUUCCACUAUGAGUGCGAGUGCAUCUGCAGCAUGUGGGGCGGCUCCCACUAUUCCACCUUUGACGGCACCUCUUACACCUUCCGGGGCAACUGCACCUAUGUUCUCAUGAGAGAGAUCCAUGCACGCUUUGGGAAUCUCAGCCUCUACCUGGACAACCACUACUGCGCGGCCUCUGCCGCUGCCGCCCGCUGCCCCCGCGCCCUCAGCAUCCACUACAAGUCCAUGGAUAUCGUCCUCACUGUCACCAUGGUGCAUGGGAAGGAGGAGGGCCUGAUCCUGUUUGACCAAAUUCCGGUGAGCAGCGGUUUCAGCAAGAACGGCGUGCUUGUGUCUGUGCCGGGGACCACCACCAUGCGUGUGGACAUUCCUGUCCUGGGCGUGAGUGUCACCUUCAAUGGCCAAGUCUUCCAGGCCCGGCUGCCCUACAGCCUCUUCCACAACAACACCGAGGGCCAGUGCGGCACCUGCACCAACAACCAGAGGGACGACUGUCUCCAGCGGGACGGAACCACUGCCGCCAGUUGCAAGGACAUGGCCAAGACUUGGCUGGUCCCCGACAGCAGAAAGGAUGGCUGCUGGGCCCCGACUGGCACACCCCCCACUGCCAGCCCCCCAGCCCCGGUGUCUAGCACACCCACCCCCACCCCAUGCCCACCGCAGCCGCUCUGUGAUCUGAUGCUGAGCCAGGUCUUUGCUGAGUGCCACAACCUUGUGCCCCCGGGCCCAUUCUUCAACGCCUGCAUCAGCGACCACUGCAGGGGCCGCCUCGAGGUGCCCUGCCAGAGCCUGGAGGCUUACGCAGAGCUCUGCCGCGCCCGGGGAGUGUGCAGUGACUGGCGAGGUGCAACCGGCGGCCUGUGCGACCUCACCUGCCCACCCACCAAAGUGUACAAGCCAUGUGGCCCCAUACAGCCUGCCACCUGCAACUCCAGGAACCAGAGCCCACAGCUGGAGGGGCUGGCGGAGGGCUGCUUCUGCCCUGAGGACCAGAUCCUCUUCAACGCACACAUGGGCAUCUGCGUGCAGGCCUGCCCCUGCGUGGGACCCGAUGGGUUUCCUAAAUUUCCCGGGGAGCGGUGGGUCAGCAACUGCCAGUCCUGCGUGUGUGACGAGGGUUCAGUGUCGGUGCAGUGCAAGCCCCUGCCCUGUGAGGCCCAGGGUCAGCCCCCGCCGUGCAACCGUCCUGGCUUCGUGACCGUGACCAGGCCCCGGGCCGACAACCCCUGCUGCCCUGAGACGGUGUGCGAGUGCAACACAACCACCUGCCCCCAGAGCCUGCCUGUGUGCCCGCCAGGGCAGGAGUCCAUCUGCACCCAGGAGGAGGGCGACUGCUGUCCCACCUUCCGCUGCAGACCUCAGCUGUGUUCAUACAAUGGCACCUUCUACGGGGUUGGUGCAACCUUCCCAGGCGCCCUUCCCUGCCACAUGUGUACCUGCCUCUCUGGGGACACCCAGGACCCAACGGUGCAAUGUCAGGAGGAUGCCUGCAACAAUACUACCUGUCCCCAGGGCUUUGAGUACAAGAGAGUGGCCGGGCAGUGCUGUGGGGAGUGCGUGCAGACCGCCUGCCUCACGCCCGAUGGCCAGCCAGUCCAGCUGAACCAAACCUGGGUCAACAGCCGUGUGGACAACUGCACCGUGUACCUCUGUGAGGUUGAGGGUGGAGUCCAUUUGCUGACCCCACAGCCUGCAUCCUGCCCAGAUGUGUCCAGCUGCAGGGGGAGCCUCAGGAAAACCGGCUGCUGCUACUCCUGUGAGGAGGACUCCUGUCAAGUCCGCGUCAACACGACUGUCCUGUGGCACCAGGGCUGCGAGACCGAGGUCAACAUCACCUUCUGCGAGGGCUCCUGCCCUGGAGCGUCCAAGUACUCAGCAGAGGCCCAGGCCGUGCAGCACCAGUGCACCUGCUGCCAGGAGAGGCGGGUCCACGAGGAGACGGUGCCCUUGCUCUGUCCUAACGGCUCGGCCAUCCUGCACACCUACACCCACGUGGAUGAGUGUGGCUGCACGCCCUUCUGUGUCCCUGCGCCCAUGGCUCCCCCACACACCCGUGGCUUCCCGGCCCAGGAGGCCACUGCUGUCUGAGAACGUUCUGCCUCCAUCCCCAUGCUCUGUCCACCUGGAGCCAGGACGUGCAUUGUCCGAUCAUGAAAACCUUGGGCCUGCUCUGCAGAGCCCCCCGGCCUCUGUGUGUGGCACCCCAUGCUCCGUGCUCCUGCUGCCCACCCCGUGGGUGAAACCAGCCCCAGAAGGGUGACGGGCCAGCAGGACCCCUUUCGGGAGGGCGCCACUCAGGAGUCCUACCCUGGGAGAGCCUGUGGCCCACCUUGGCCUUGCCCCUCCCUGAUGUCACUGGGACGCCCUGGAACAAACUAAGCAUGUGCAGGCCUAUGUGUUCCUGCCACGGCCGGAGCGCCCAUGCAGCACGGAUUCCAGCUGGCCACGUCCGGCCGCUGGGGCAGACAGGCUGGUCCAGGCAAGGCCAGCUGCUGCCAGGAAGCUGCGACAGGCAAGGCGGCCGCCUGUCCAUGCCUGCUGCAGGGUACCUCAGGGCUGAGGUCGCAACGGCCAGGUCAGAGAGGGGUCAGCAUCCCAAAGCCCCCUCUGCUCAACCCAGCCCAGUUUUGCAAAUAAACCCUGAGCAUUGAGUACGUUUCCUGUCCUGACGUCUUUUCUUGCCUACCGUCUCUCCCAGGC